AUGGGAAAAGGAAAGCAUGACUAUCUCAAAGAAGAAGUGAGAGGUAAUGAAAAUGACAGGAUGCAGCUCAAAAGAACUAUAGGGUAUUUUGAUGGGGUAAAUUUUAUUAUAGGCACCAUAGUAGGUGCAGGGAUCUUUGUGUCUCCCACAGGAGUGCUACAAUACUCCUUACUUAAUGUGGGUGUUGCGCUAAGCAUCUGGACUGCUUGUGGAGUAAUAUCACUGAUGGGAGCCCUCUGUUAUGCAGAGCUGGGGACUGCCCUACCAUUAUCUGGAGGAGAAUACAGUCACAUAAAAAGAGCGCUUGGAUCCCUACCUGCUUUCAUCUUUAUCUGGACGGCAAUGUUUACCAAACCAGCAUCAAAUGCUACUCGAGCCUUGUUGUUUGCUGAAUACGCUACCCAACCUUUCUAUGGUGUAUGCCCUGCACCGGAGCUGCUAAAGAAAUGCUUGGCUUUGACCGUUCUUUGGUCUCUGGGGAUUCUGAAUGGCCGAAGUGUCAAAAUGGCUACUUGGGUCCAAACUGUUUUCACAGUACUGAAGAUGAUGGCACUAUCUGUAAUUGGCAUAGGAGGCAUUGUUCUGCUGGUUAGAGGAAGAAAGGAGAAUUUAGUAAGGUUUGAGAAUGCAUUCAGCUCAGAGAUUCCUGAUGCCUCACAGAUUGCUGAAGCCUUUUUCCAGGGAUUAUAUGCAUAUGGCGGUUGGUGGUCCCUCAAUUACAUGGCAGAAGAGAUGAUAAAUCCUAGUAGAAAUAUCCCCUUGACUGUGAUGACUGCACUUCCUGCAGUGACUUUGUUUUAUUUACUUGUAAACAUCUCGUACUUGACAGUUCUGACACCUAAGGAAAUUGUCUCCUCAGUUGCUGUGGCAGUCACUUGGGCUGACAGAGUGAUCCCCUCCAUUGCUUGGGUCAUUCCUCUCUCCGUUGCUGCCUCAAUAUUUGGUGCCCUCAACAGCAGCAUGUUUACAUUAGGACGAUUAAGUUAUGCUGGAAGUCAGUCAGGACACUUGCCUGUUUUAAUAUCCAUGCUUAACGUCCACUAUUGGACUCCGGCACCGGCCAUGAUUUUUUCAACCAUCAUUGCAUCCAUUUUUAUUAUCCCAGCUGAUCUAAUUACUUUAACAAAUUACUUUGGAUUUUCUGUAUGGCUUAUGGUUGGACUGACUUGUGCCAGCCUGAUUGUACUCCGAUACCGGGAACCUACUCUACAGCGACCAUACAAGGUGUUUUUACCAGUUGCAUUUGUGAUGGUGGCAGUUUCUUUGUUCUUAGUAUUGGCUCCUAUAGUCUGGGCUCCCAAGAUGCAGUAUAUCUAUGCCCUUCUCUUUAUGUUGGGGGGCCUUCUGGUGUACCUGCCCUUUGUACAUUUUAAAUUACAUUUUGAUUUUGUUGACAAAAUUACUUGUUAUUUACAGCUACUGUUGGAAGUUUCUCCUGCUGAUGUAUCUGCUGAGGAUAAAUAUGAGUGA